UAUGUUUUUUUCUUUAAAGCCCUGUCCAAAUGUGUCACCAUGCCCGUGUCCGUGUGUCAGCAUGUCAAUAACACCAUGCCCGUGUCCGUGUGUCAGCAUGUCAAUAACACGGGUAGAGCGGCAAGUCUGGCAAAGUCUCAUCAUUUUUCUACUUUGUGCAUCAAACAGAGUCUCAGAUUGGAAGAGGGAGAAAUUUUAUUCUGUAACCAUGAAAAAUUUACCAUGUUAAAUUUCACCCGACAAUCAAACAGGCCCUUAGUUUAAAGCAUGGUAUUGUGUCUAAACUUGCAACUGACGCCUUUCCAGGGCCAUGAAGCUGUAAAUCAUCAAACCGCAGCUUUUGAGAUGCAUACGUUUUAUUAUGGUUCCAGAACAGGAGACAAAUUGGUAAAUUCUGUUCAUUUGGAUAAUCUCUGAAGCAAAAAAAGCUCUGUCCUCCGUUGCGGAGCACUGGUUCUUGAGAAUCAAAAACGUUCCCAUUCCAAAGAGAUGUUCAUGGCUUUUGAUGAUCAGCUUCUGUUGAGAGGACGCUGCAGUUCAAGUUUAAAGUUUGGAACAACAGAGAAAAAUGAAACAGGAAAGGGGCACAAAAAACCUAACUGCCUAAGAAAGGCCGCUAGCAAGAGGGAUAGACGCACUAAACUGAGGAACUCACAAUGGAGGAACAAAAUUUUGUUUCUGUUUCUUCUUCUUCUUCCACUGCCGCCUCGAUGUCGAUGAUUUCGGCCAUCCCCAAUGACGUCCUGGAGAACAUCCUCUCGCGCCUUCCAGUGAAGCCCCUCCUCAGAUUCCGGCGGGUUUGCAAAGGGUGGCGCUCCCUGAUCGAUUCCGAUGACUUUGUGGAAGCUCACCUCAGUUUUGCCAAACUCCACGAGAAACCCUCAUUUGUCGCUGAAUUGGACGAAAAACUUCAUUUCUUCGAUGCCCACGAUCUCCACUUUGUCGUCAGCAUGAAGGAACUUUGGCAGAGCGUGCCAUUGGCGCCAUUGAGUGGUGACUUCGCGAGCAUCCUCUCCACCCUCUCUUGGUUCGAUGGGCUCUGUUGUAUGGGUAUCGAAUCUAUCGAUGUCUUUCCCGAAAUGCCGAGAAUAUACCAAAUCAUCAAUCCCGCCACGCGGACGAGUGUGAAGCUCCCAGAAUCAGGCCUUGGCUGCCCAGAAAUUUGCCAAAUCGUCAUUGAUCCGGUGACUCGCGUGUACAAGUUGCUUCUUGUGGAAAUUGUUGUGGAAUCCAUGUACCGUGAAUUCAGGGCUGAGAUAUUCUCCAUUGGCGUUGAUGCUUCGUGGAGGAAGCUUAACGGGGCGUAUGGUUGUUACUGGCCAUUGAACUGUAGACCAUUUGUUAAUGGGGCCAUCCAUUGGAUAUACAGGAAAACUGGCCGUGUGGUUGAGGGAACGCCAGUGACAAUAGUGGCUUUUGAUGUCAGCCAAGGAGAGGUUUUGGACAAUGCGGCCGCCAGUAGAUCUGAACGUAGAGGAGCAUUUGGAUUUCGUGGCGGAUUUUCGAGGGUCUCUGUGUUUGCUUCACUUAGACGUGCUGGGCCUGAAGAUGGAGUUUUGGGUGUUACAGGACUAUGAUAAUUCUCUCUGGGUCAGACAGCAUAUUGCUGAUUGUCACUUUCUUCACAAGGGAGUUGAUGUGGACAGGGUGUUCACAAUCUACAUGGGGACUGUGAAUGACACAUAGAUUCUGUUUCUGGUGAAGGUGACGGAUGUAAUGGAUGAUUCAGAGGAUGAAAUCGUCAAUGUCUCUUAUAAUCCAGAUCGCAAGACGUUUGAGACUGUGGAGCCUAGAGUUGCAAACGAGUUAGAGUGUCCAAUAUUCAAUUUCAAUAUAUACAUUUAGAGCCUUGCUGGCAGGAAUACUACUGGACAUGAGAAUAAUGCAGAUAGUGGUCGUGGUGGUGAUGGUGACGAUGAUGAUGACGACGACGACGACGACGACUAUGAUAGCUUAUAUGAACGUUGUUGAAUAUGAGCGUGAAGUUGAAUUUGAUUUUGAUUGGGAUGACGGUAAUGGUGGUGAUGGUGUUCAUCAUAAUUUGCAUGACUAUUAUGGACUUCUCGAUGAUUACUUCAUUAACGAGAAUUUGGAUGAUGAUGAUAAAUGAUGGCAGUAGUGAUGGUGUUGACGAUGUUGAAUAUGAGCGUGAAGUUGAAUUUGAUUGGGACGACGGUAAUGGUGGUGAUGGUGUUCAGCAUAAUUUGCAUGGCUAUUAUGGACUUCUCGAUGAUUACUUCAUUAACGGGAAUUUGGAUGAUGAUGAUAAUGAUGGCAGCAGUGAUUAUGAUGACGAUGAUGGUUUUGGUGUUCAUUGGACACAAUUCUUGUGAUUUUUCGAAGCAUCAAUGGCUGAAAGCACUUCUUUUCCAAUGAAGGACUUGAAUGUUCUCUUUUUUAUAUCAGAGAAGGGUUGACUGACUACCUGUAGAGCUUUUGGUGUAUGGAUUAGUGAAAGACUUGAUGUCAAUAAUACUCAUUUUUGGUUAAUAGGCAUUGGAACGUUUGAAUAUUUCUGUUCUGGUUGGAUUUGUGCUAUUAUUGUCACAUUAAUAUGCCUAAAGGAAUACAAAUUAGGAGCAAAGAAUAGUUACCUA